AUGCCACCAAAGGGAAAGAAGUCAAAGGCCGAGGAGGCUCUCGCCUUCCUCGACGAUCUCGACAACCUCGAGCCAGCCCCUAACGCGGACGCGUCGGCACCUCCCACAACUGGCUCGGCCCGCCCAUCAACCGAGAGUGCAGCAAAGCCAGAAGCAGAGGGACCUCCUCAAGCAGAGGCUGACGCCGAGGCAGCUUCAGCUUUGGCUUUCCUCGAGGCGCAGAUCAACCAAAAGCGUGCACCGCUCAGCGUCCCCGCCGGCGCGGGCUCGACCCCGCGUACAGCGACGCCCACUACGGCAGCCAAAGCGGCCGAUCCGGUAGCCUCGUCGUCGCCCCCCGCUGCCUCUUCGGGCUGGGGCAUGUCGUCGUUCUGGUCGUCGGCAAGCUCUGCUCUCCAAUCGGCUCAGCGCGUAGCCGACGAGCAGUACAAGAAGGUCCGGGCGGAAGGCGUUGCUGGUGUCACUGGCUCCCUCGAGCACCUCAACGUCGGUGGCGUCGACAUUGCAAAGUUGAGGAAGGAGGCCGAGGAGCGCAUCGGGGCCCUCGCCAAGGGUGUUGGCAACGUCGACCUGGACAAGCUCCGCCAUGACAUCUUGACGCAAGCCAACUCGACAUUCACUACUUUCAUCAACACGGUCGCGCCUCCUAUCUCGGCCCACGAGACGAUUGAGCUUUGGCUCACCCACCCGCUGGUGGGAUACGAUGGUGUCGAGGGCGUUGUUUACCGUGCUUGGCUCCGCAUCUUGGAGCAGACAGAGUCGGGCGAGCUGGUCAUUGUCUGGUCCAAGCCAGAAAAGGAGCUCCCGUCGGAGCGGAGUCUCAACCCCAUCACCGGUUGGGAGGACGCAUGGAAGGCAGCCAAGGAGGAAGUGGAAGCCGUUCAGGGUCGUGAGGCAAAGAAGCAGCGCAAGCCGGAAGAGGACAACGGUGAGCAAUGGCAGAUGGAAUCUAUGCUGACCAUCAUAGCCGAUGUUCCCGUGACGACUGUACCCGUCUUCCUUCAGUUCCAGCCCGUUCUGGCUCCCCUCCCUUUCGCAGAGCCUAGCUUGCUCAUCAAGGACUCGGAGGACAAGAAGUCACCACCUCAGCACCUGUACUUUAUCGUGUCGCUCCGCGAUCCCUCGCACGGCCUUCAGUUCAGCACGGUCACUCAGCCUGUCCCAGGCGACUGGCUCGACGUCGAGUAUGAGAAGAGCGACUGGGUCGAGGAGCGCCUUGUCGACGUUCUCAAGACCGGUACUGAGGUGAUCGCUCAAGACUAUGUGUCUACUCGCAUGGGCCUCAAGCCAUCAGUGGCGGCACAACAGACUCCGGUGGCCGAGCAGCCGCCAGCCGCAGCUACUGAGCCAGCUGCACCUGCUUCGUGA